AUGGAGCCAUCUACUCCAUCGCCCACGUCUUAUCAAGAUGACAAGAAGCUGAAAACAGCCUCCGACGGUGCUCUCCAAACGAUUUACACAGCUGAUUCAGCGGCCGCGGAUGGUACUUCAGUUUCAUCUGUGGUUCUCAGAAUCUCCUCAGCAGUCACAGAGAUCAAGGAAUCUCUGGACAAUUUACGCAAGGAGGUCAGUAACACCAGCGCAACAGUCACUGUGAUGCAAGCAGAUUUGGUGUGCAUGAAAUCUAAGACCUCCCAGAUUGAAAAGGAGUUCAUCACGCUGAACAAGUCUAUCACAACCUUAUCAAGCUGCACUGAUUUAAUCCAGGCUGAUGUGCGCAAACAAAGAGACAUAAUUGGAUCCAACAUUGAAAAAAUAAAAAAUCUCACUGACCGCCUGGCUGAAAUGGAAGAUUCCACCCAUCGAUCUAAUUUGAGAAUAAUCUCUUUACCUGGGGGAGCGGAGGGGGGCGAUGCCAUCACAUUUCUUCAGCGUCAUCUACCAGUUUGGCCACCCAGUCUCUCAUCACGUGGGAAGAUUGAGAUCAAAAGAGCACAUCGGAUUUAUAGUGCUGCAAAAUCAGACGGCAAGAACUUAAACAGGACACUGAUCUUCAAACUUCUGGGCUACUCCGAUAGGAAGGCCAUCAUGGACACUUACAGAGCUGCUGGAUCUUCUCCCUCACAUAAGGGCCACAGGCUUCUCUUAUUUGCCGACUACUGUCCUUCCACAUCAAAGUUAAGGAAAGCUUUCACCCAAGUGAUGUCCAGUUUGCGUAAGAAAGGUAUCCAGCAUUUCCUCAUCUAUCCAGCAAAGCUGAGGGUGUCAGUUCUUGUUGAAAACUCCGGAAGAUGCUGUGUCUUUGCUGAUGGGUGGUGCGUCACCCAAAUCAUGUCCCUUCUUGAUCCGAGUGUUUGGUUAUGUGAUUCUAAUUUUUGA